GAUGGCGCCCCCGGUGCCCCCUCGUCAGGUCCAGCAGUCCUACCGUCCAUCCAACAGCUCCUUCUCCCCUCUUACAGCCUCUAUGGGAGCUCCAUCUGUGGUGGCUACAGCCUGGGAGGAUACAGACACACACCUCACCUUGAAGACGUCCCCCCCAGCAGACACUAACUGGGCGAGCGAGGAGGACGACCACGUGGUGGCCAGAGGAGAAUAUGACUUGACAGCUGCUUCUCAGGAGGAGCUUUCUAUGCGAGCUGGAGAGAUGCUCAACCUCGCUCCUAAAGAGCUACAGCCCCGUGUGCGUGGCUGGCUCCUGGCCAGUGUGGACGGUGAGACCACAUGCUCGUCCCAGCCAACUACGUUAAGAUCCUCAGCAAGAGAAGAGACCGCCGGGCCACAGAUAUGAGAGGCUCGCUCAGGCCCAGCAGGCAAACACGCAGGCACCCCAAACAACCUCGUCUGCACAAAUACCCUAAUCUGUGCCUCUCCUGCAGCCCAUAAACGUACAGCAUCUACCCACAUCAUGUACAGUACUUGAAUGAUCCAUCUCGUCUUUCAGCUCAGUCUCGUCAGAUUCAUUAGGCUCAGCUGUGUCCCCCUCCUGUGUGCAGUUUCCUCGUUUCCCUCUGUGUGUAUUUAUAGUAGUGAUGGCCAAACAAAGCUUUCUGAAGCAUUGAAGCUUGUGUUGAAAAACGAUUCAUUACUGGAAGCUUUUUAACACAGUCCUCUCUGGUGACAUCUGGUGGUCAAAAAUAUGAAGAGCAGCUUGAAUCUACAAAAAAACUGAACUGCUUCAUUAUGAUUGCCCACUCUACACAGUGCAAUUCACAAUUCACAAUUGGACAUCACUGAUCACGUGACUGUGGCCAAACGAAUCAAGCAUCGACAGAGUGCUUCUGAAGCGGUGUGUUGGUGUUUUUUGACACACGCGCCGGAGCGUCAGCUUCAAGCGGGCCCUCACUAAUUUAUAGCAUUUGUCCUCUUGUGUGUGUUACUGGUCCGUCUGUGCUCCUCCAUGCUGUUUUUCCUGCUUGUCAUCCUUUGUGUUUUAACUCCAUUCCCUUGUGUCCAGGUUUGUUAUUUGGUUCUCAGCUUUCCCAGUUUAGGUUUUCUUAGUUUUGUUUCUCGCCUCCCUCGCCUUUGUUUGUAUGUCACUCUCCAUGAAUAAAGCUCACUCACAUCA